AUGAAAAACGGAAAAGCACCCGGACCAGAACAAAUACGGCCAGAACAUUUGAAGUGCCUGCAGGAAGAUCUUGCGAAGCGGAUUAUUCCGAAAGACUGGCUGAGCUCCCACACUAUCCUGAUAUACAAGAAAGGGGUGUGA